GAAAUGUCGCAGCCCUCCCGCGUCAUUCCCUCCCGAGUGCUCGGCGAGAGUUCACGUCGCUCGUGGCCGCAAGUUCGCGCGAAGUUAUUGUUUUGGAAGUUGAACCAUGGUGUUGGCUGACAUCUUGACGGAGACCAGAAGGCGUUGGUUGAAGGCCUUCAAGUUGUUCAAGCGUAGCAAACACCGCAAGAACGCUCGCAACCGCAUCUCCCCAGCGUUGGUCCGGUCGCCCUCGUACAGCGGCACCGUGGACGCGCGCGCCGAGAUCGACGUGCAGCGGUUCUGCGCCUGUCGCACCUCCCUCCCUCCAUUGCACCUCGCCGCCAACGACUCCUACGAGAACGCCUCCUUCUACAGCGGAUACAACAGCUACAACAGUUCCAGAGUAGACAGUCUCGAAAGCUACAGGACGAAUGAGUCCAGUGCCCGUUCUGACUCCGCCUAUGAUUCAGCUCGCAGCAGCCCCGCUCACGCCAGAGUCUGUUACGCAACAGUCACCUACUUCAACGUCAAUGAUAGUGAAGAUAGCAGCAGUAUCCGUACAGAAUACACGCUGCUCGAUGAUGCAGAGGCAGAAAGGAUUGGGGAUGUUGACGAGGACGAAGAUGAACGAACACAGAACAUGAUAAAUGAAAGCAUCGAGCUCGUCAGCACGUUAUGAACGCUCGGUCGCUUGUAAUUAGUUUAUUUAAUAUUAAAGACAACGAAGUUACAUUUCGUGUUGGUAUGCGAGUAUUGAGUUAGAAGCACGACGUAAGUGAUAUUAUAAAAUGUUAAGUUAGAAUAUAAAUUUAUAACGUACAAUUAAUUUAUGAAGAUAUUAAGUAUUUAGGCAACUAUUUCAUAAAGUUACGCGUAUAUUACAGUACGGAAUUUUGCGGUGUCGCGGUUUCCUCCAAAGAAUUUGUAAGGGAAAUUCGGACAUUGAAAUUUCUGAGUAACCUAGUUAAAUAUUAUAGAAGAUGUACAACAUUACAUCUGAUAUAGUACUAAGAGUAAUUUAGGUGGAUUGUUUAUCUCUUAAAUGUUAAUGAAGUCAUUAAAAGUACUUACUGUAAAGACCUAUGGCAUUCCGAUUUGAUAGUAAACAUCGUUCUGCUUGAUUCUAAGCACUCCAUUUCCUUCCUUUCCUUAUGAAGGUUUUGAAAAGCCAUUUAAUUACCUUUCUUCCAAUUUAUUCCUACCAAGAUGUGUGAUUGGACUUAUGUGAUGUUUGUGAGUAAGUUUAUUGAAUAUAGUUCGUUAGACGUUUAACUGAAGAGUGAAUGUCUUGUUUGUACAUUGAUAAAGUAUAUUAAGGUAUCCAGAGUUAAACUUUACGUAAAGAACUUUGAUCCGAUUUGACUUUCCUAAGGUCUUUGAUCUGAUUUGGCAACAUUUUAAUUGGGGACAAAUUUGUGUUUGUAUACAAUUUGUAAUGGCUUGUCCCGUUUUCCAUUUGUAAUGAGAGUUCGAUGUCCCGAGGCGUCUACCAAAGCUUGUGAUAUUGUGAGUUUAAGUUAAGAUUAUUGUAAAUGUUCGAGAAUGUUGAUCUCAGUUGUAUAUAUUCUAUAAUUAUAUUAUGUGAACAUUA